CGGCAUAAUUCGCAGUGUACUCGGAGGAUUCCGCGCGCAUUAUUCUCAGCAGCCACAAGGACCCCCAGCAGCUCUAGGUGCAUGACAUAUGUGCAUCUGAAACACCCUUUGCUCGUUGCCCAUCACGUUCACAGCCUUAGUCCCGGACGGAAUCUCGAACUCAAAACCACGCUUGCGUAGACUGGUCGAUGGGGCUGACAGUUGAACGUCUCUUUCUUAUACCUGCUUACUCGCUGUGCAGACGAUGCUCCGUUCUAUGAGGUAGACCACGAGACGUUGCGAAAUGGCCAAUUCGAAAUACGAGUAUGUACGCUCUUUCGAGCAGCCGGACAUCUUGCUGUCAAACACUUGGAUAGUGGUGCGGAUCGAUGGACGUGGGUUCUCGAAACUAACGACGAAGUAUAAGUUCGUCAAGCCGAAUGAUCGAGAUGCGCUAGAUCUCAUGAACGAGGCCGCUGAGGCCGUGAUGAGGGAGUUGCCAGAUCUCGUGAUUGCAUAUGGCAACAGCGAUGAAUACAGCUUCGUCUUUCACAAGGACUGCAUGCUGUUCGAGCGGAGAGCAAGCAAGCUCACUACAACAAUUGUGUCUACUUUCACGUCGUACUACGUGUUUCUGUGGUCGAAGUAUUUCCCACAAAAGCCAUUGACACCACCUCUGCCAUCAUUCGAUGGGCGGGCAGUAUGCUACCCGAGUGACUCGAACCUGAGAGACUACAUGAGCUGGCGCCAAGUUGAUUGUCAUAUCAACAACCUUUACAACACAACCUUCUGGACUCUUGUGCAGCAAGGUAGUAUGGGACCUCAACAAGCCGAGCAACGACUGUCAGGCACUGUCUCAGCGGAUAAGAACGAGAUCCUUUUUAAGGAGUUCGGCAUCAACUACAACAAUGAGCCUGAGUGCUUCAAGAAAGGCACGAUACUUUAUCGAGAUUUCUUCCCGGUAAAUGUUCCGCAGUCGAAUCCAACAACAGCCACAAACGCUACCGAAGAUCCCAUUUUCGCUCAGCCUCGACCAACGCGAACGCACUCAAAACCUCUGUCGCAAGCAAAUGACCUGACAGUCCCAAGACUGCAGGAAUCUCCGGUCUUAUCCAUCUUUUCAGCGCCCCCAGGACCGACUUUUCUCUCCACAGCUUCGACGCCAUCGCCACCUCCAUCGCCACCCAACCUGCCAGAAGACGGCUACCCAAACCCACUUCGAUCUAACCCCGUCAGCCCUCGCAACAACAUCUAUCCGCAAAACUCCUUACCACUUUCGCCGCCCUCUACUGUCACAUCACCAACGGGCAAGCAAAAUUUCUCGUCGCUGACGCCUUUGCCGUUGUCACCACUGAUCCUGAAGCCCAGCACAAAGCCGCCCAUGUCUCUCGAUGCACCAAAUCCAACAACGCGUGCAAACUUCUCGCCUGCGGCUCCCCCAGCAGGGUUUGCCGGCUCAUUCGCCGAGUGCAACAGAUCACAGGGGACGGCGAAGCCUAACUCGCAUUCGGCAUCAGCAUUGAUGUCUGUUCCAGGGCCUUCGCAACCCAAACUCAAGCAUCGCUCACCCAGCCUCUCGCAAAUUCAAACGUACCUAACAUCUAGUAGUCAACCGUCGAUACCACUACGGAUGUCCAGCAUCCCGGCCAACACGAAGCCACGCAAGCUGUCGUUGCAACACCUGCGAUCCACCUCAAACCUCAGGACUAGCAACGGGGAAGAGACAGAGAAUCUUGCGGGUCCUGCGCAAGGAACGAUAACACCUUCCAGGGCCAGUCCGCCACUGAACUGUAACAAAGAGCUGCCAAGCCCUCCUAUGGGUGAGAGAAGAGUGGUCAGUGACCCUGACAAGAGGAAAGGCAGAAAUGGGUGGCAACACGAUGACCAUCCUGGCAUUGCUGAAUUGCCAGCCACUUCCGCGCGUCACUCUCGCCAACAGUCACAACCUGUGCCAUCAUCGAGCGAGUGGGGCUCUCAUGCGCAACUAUACAACAAGCUGCAAAGUUCUGUACCUAGCUCGCGAUCAGCAGUCGAGACGGAUGGUCAGCCCAUUCCACCAUCGAAGGAUGCUUCACGCUCAAGACGACAUGCGCCUACGAAACCUGAAGCUAAACCUGAAGCGGGCAAAUUCAAAGACAUGUCGAAGCCGGCGUCGACGGAGAAGUCUCGCGCUCCUACAGCGGGCAAGGAAGCCAGCGACGGGAGGUCUGCACAGAUGAGUCGGACUCAGAAAGACAAAGACAGAAAGAAGCGAAGCAAGGCGAGGAUCAUCAAAGAACAUACAGAUCUCAUCAAGGAUGACUUCUGGGAGAAGAGACCGUGGAUUUUGAGUGGCAAAACAGGAUAAACGAAUGCCCAGCCAGAUAAUCACAAUGAUAUGAGUAUUCUGCAUCACGAAAAGGUCCCUGGGACGCAUGCAAACGUUCUUGUUUGUCUCUCGGACACUAGAACGCAGUGGAAUCUUGCAUCCGCACCAGCCUCGGCAGCUUGCCAGGGAAAAUUAC